CGAAGUGAGAUGGGUGGCAGAGUUCGGAAGCCUGCUUUUGCUUGCCAGUCAGUUGUUGUCUUGAAAAGGAGUGCAUACUCAGUCCAUUGCCUAUUAAGUCAAGGAUUGUGGAGUGACUACAUGAGUGGAAAGAAGGGAAGACCGUAUCAAUCCUUGCAUCGAUGAAACCGAAGGAGCGCGAAGACCGACAGCAAAAAGUUUGAGAAUUUGCUGGUGAUAUAUCAUUGCUCGUUGACCACAGGCUAACGUCUUGGAUCAAUCCAGCCAAACUGAUAUUCCAACGAAUCUGUACGAACAUCCACAUUCCCGAUGCAAUCAAGGUCCUGAAAAUGCCGAUCCUGUUCGGGGAGUUUGGCCAGAGCAAUCGCGUCGGUGGGUACCAGCCCGUGCAUCUGUAAGAGGUUUACUGGACGGUGUACAAAAGCGUAUACUCGUCCAUCGAGAGAGGCGGCGGAGGAGUCGGCUCCAUGCUCUGGCAGCUGCUUCCGAAGGGGAUGGAGUCGUGGGAUGAUGGAUUCGCUGUGUUUGCGAGCGACCCCCACCACGUGCGCCUGGGCACGGUCUCCAAAGCUCUGAGUGAUGCCAGGAACGCAUCGUCCUCGCUAUCAAGAUCAGCGCGUGCUCAACUCAGCAGUAGACUCGAAACACAACACUAUCCUCCUUAUCAUCGGACUAUCUGCCAUCGACCGACUUUUGGCAAGAGGUUGCCAUGCCAGAGAGAGUAUGAUUCGCUCGAUGGCGUCCAUUUCAGUCAGAGUUAAGAGUUGAAGCUGGCGUAUCUAUUCGAGGAUCUUCCCUUUCCCCGUUUGGAUCUUGAGUAUCCUUUCGACAUUCACCAAAUUUCGUUUAGACACAUUUGGUGUAAGAAGUUGGUGUAAGAAUUUGGUGAAUUUCGAGAGCAUACUCAAGAGUCAUACUGGAUUCUCUUUGGAUCUCUUCAUACACUAACACCCAAAACCCAUAGUGGGGAGACUAGAGCUUCAAGCCAGGGUAUUGCACUUGCAGGAUUUCGCACUAUUCUUUCCAAUAUCUCUCAGAAAUUCCUGACUUGAUCCAAUCGCAAACAUCUACACCUGUUUGUAAGUGGGCAAAGUAUAAAUAGGGUUGCUUUGAGUCCGAUUUAACAGAAUCAUAGAAUCUCCAUGUGCUCGUUGAACAGGCGAUUGAUUGCAACGGUGAACUCUCUGAUUCUACCAGUGACUUCCAAAGUUUUCAAUCUACAACGACCGGUGACGAGAACACUGGAAACGUCAGGAAGAUAAAGCUUGUUGAUGAAAUAACAAUGAAUUCUUCUCUGAGUCUUUCAACUCUGAGAUACAAGCUAACCUGAAGGUUCGAAUUGCCAGGCUUUCUCAGAAGAUACGAUAUUUUUAGAGGAACUAAAGUGGCCUCACGGCAAUCGCCACAAUCGUCAACCGUUUUACUCAAGUCCAGUCUUACUAACGGUUGAGAUUAAGCAGUAGGAUAGCAAGAUUGAAUUAUACAUGGAAUUUGAGAACUCGAGAUAUACAAAUGCAACGGAUGUAUCUAUCCUUUAGUAGAUCGGGUGUCUGUAAUACAUCCCUUGCGGAAUAUCUUUUCGGAC